AUGAUGUUAGGGAGUCCCAUAACAUCGACGCCGGCAGGUCUAAGACUUAGUGUUGGCGGGAGAAACAGCCCUUUAAGAAGACGAAGUCUUUUACCACAAACUCGAGUUAAAAAUAUAACAGAUGAGGAACGUAACGAUGACGAUGCUGAAAGGGCUUCACUGGUUGCUGCAGAGCGGGCUCUGGCUGCUUCCACUCCUCAAUCCUCCUCAAGUCCAGGAAAAGACACCAUGUCAUCUUCGCCACUAAAAGAACAUUUCCAAGGGUGCUUGAAACUGUUUGCAGAGAACAAAAUCACUAAAGACAAUGCAUGGAAUCUACAAUUAAUAGAUUUCAUGACAUCGAUGUUGAGACGUCAUGAUGCUCGCAUGGAUAACUUGCAGACGGCAUCUACUGUGGUAGAUGCUUCUACUAGAAUAUACUCAUAUAGAGUUGACGCAGUUCAUUAUGAUGUACUGAAAAUGGCUGGCGGUUUGAGUAAAGCGGCUCAGUCAAAAAGAGGAAAAAAAGAUGAUGAUAAUGCACCACAAGAUGAGAAUCCAACAGAACAAGAAACUGUAGCUCAUAAGAAGAAAAAGAAAAAAUCUAAAGGAGCAGUGGCAGCUAACCCUGAAAUAUUUAAUGGAGAUUUUGAUGCUAAUGAUUGCAUUGAUCCUUUCUUUGAGAGGCUCGCAGCUACAACCGGUGAUGUGACUUCUUCCAACAGAGCAUUUAAUGCAACACUUCCUAUUCAUGAUGAGACACUAUCUUUGAUAUUAAGGACAGACAUACCAUUUUUGGAAUCAAUAAAGGAGAAUAUAGAUGAAGAAGAAUUAGAUCUAAAUGAUCGUAUUAGUCUUUCAUUGAAAUUAUUACCAGCCUUCAAUGAAAAUGAUAAAAUUUGUGAGCCAUUCGCUGAUUUCUCUAUAAGUAACUGGGAUCCCGAAAACGAGGAUAGCGAAAAUGUAAAUUACUGGGUGGAAGAAAACAGAUUGAAUUUAUCACAACAGGCACUAGCAUUUGAUUUGAAUGCUGAAGUUGAGCCAAUACCUCAAGAUGAAGAUCAUAAUGAUUUAUUUGAGGAUGAGCCGUUGGGUGGUCUUGAAUCUGAUGAGGAAGCGGAUGUAGCUGUAGCGGCGUGUGUAGCUCGCGUGCCUGCUACAGCCCCGGCGCGGCUAACAGACCUGCGUCCCGCGGCGCCCUCACACUCAAGGAUGGAAUACUCAUACUGUGCGCCAACACUCGCCUGGGCCGGACCCGCUCAUUGGAGGAUUAAGAGCAACAGAGCGUCCAAACAGUCAGAGCGCAGUCAGUCAACCGAUGGUAAGGUGACUGUGGAGUGUAAGAAGUUGAAGACCAAGAGGCAGUUGGACUUUUUAGGGGCUGGUCUGGCCAUGGACUGCCGGACCAACCCCGGCCCGGAAUACGAGACCGCUCAGCCAGCCAAGAUCACCAUCAGCAGGAAGACGCUGGCCACCGGACAUACAUGGAACGAGCGCAACUACAAGACGCCCGUCGACAGAGGGUUAGACGAGAGUCAUUUUCGCAAGUUGUUCCUUCGCUCCAGUGUGAUAAUCACCAGACCACAAGACGUAAAGGAGAAAGAACCUGUGACUGUAGAAACUGAUUACGAUUUCAACAACGAAAACGAUGCCUCAUACUGUACUAAAAAUGUACCGGAUGAUCCUGAAUGGGGUAAUGAAGAUAAUAUUGAAGCGCCGGAGUUACACGAACAAAUAAGACAAGAACAAGACAACGAAGAUAUAGGAGAUAUGAUUGAACCACCUACUAAGGUGGCGAAAAUUUUCAUUCCUUACGCUAUGCGAGCAAAAAAGGUUGAUAUGAAGCAACUGAAACAUUGCACAUGGAAAAUGUUAACUGGUAACAGUAGUGGUGAUAAAGAAGAGGUCUCUAAAACAACGUUCUUUUCAAUAUAUUCGAAAUUACCGAAUAAAUUAUCAACCAAUAUGAAAGAAUCUCUCAGCAUACCUCUAGCAUUACUAUCUGUACUUCAUUUAGCUAAUGAAAAAGGCCUUAUACUAGAGAAAAAGGACGAUUUGAAAGAUAUUGGUAUAGUAGGUUUAAUUAAGAAUUAA